AUGGCCAGCAGCAGCAGCAGCAGCAGCAACAAUAUGAGAGGACUCAUUGUGGGAAGAAGGUACCAACUGGUAAGGAAGAUCGGGUCAGGCUCCUUCGGGGACAUUUAUCUCUCGGUUGACAUCACUAACGGCCAGGAAGUGGCGGUCAAGUUAGAAUCCAGGAGGGCCAAGCAACCCAUCCUGCAGUUCGAGAGCAGGUGCUACAGGAUUCUGGAGGGCGGAGUGGGCAUCCCCCGCGUAAGGUGGUGUGGUCUGGAAAAAGGCUACAAUGCCCUGGUCAUGGACCUGCUGGGACCCAGCCUGGAAGACCGCUUCAAUUUCUGCUCCCGGAAGUUCACCAUGAAAACCGUACUUUUGCUGGCUGACCAGAUGAUCAGCAGAAUUGAAUACGUGCACAGCAAGGAUUUUAUACACCGAGACAUCAAGCCACAGAACUUCCUCUUGGGCAGGGGACGUCAGAAGAACAAGCUCUUCCUGAUUGACUUUGGAUUGGCCAAAAGGUACCGCUCCAGCCGCACAGGGCAACACAUUCCCUAUAGAGAAUACGCGUCCCUCACCGGCACUCCCCGAUAUGCCAGCAUCAAUGCCCAUCUUGGUAUUGAGCAGAGUCGCCGAGAUGACCUGGAGUCCUUAGGAUACGUCUUGAUGUAUUUCAACACCAGCAAGCUGCCGUGGCAGGCCCUGAAAGGUCCCACAAAGAAACAGCGCAGCGAAAUGCUCACUGAAGUGAAGAUGAACACUCCUGUGGACGUGUUAUGCAAGGGCUUUCCCGCAGAGUUCGCCACUUACUUGAAAUACUGUCGGGAGCUGACCUUUGACGAAACUCCAGACUACACCUAUCUCAAGCAGCUCUUCCGCAACCUUUUAGAGACCCUGGGUGACCCAAGUGACUGCACAUUUGACUGGACAGUGUUGGAGCAGAGAGCAGCCCAGCAGGCAGGUUCUUGUGCUGGGCAGGGUCAACAGUCACAGCCACCCCCCGAUUUUCAAGCAUGA